AUGGACACUGCACCGGCGACGACAAUCUCACAGAUGCCGACCCCAGUACUGCAAACCGAAACACAUCGCUUCCCCAUACAGCCUCUUCACCGCUUCAAGGGUGCGUCCGCCAGAAUAAAGCGGCCGCAAGAGGUCGCCAACUUCUCAUUCGACGACGAGCACAAAUAUGUCUAUGACGACUCGGGCAUCAACUACUAUGUCCCUCCACCAAUGGGUGCGGAUCUGAAGGAAGGCUUCGAAACGUUCAGGCACCAUGAGGAUAAGGAAGAUGCGCAUCUAGAUGCCCUGUUAAAGGCGCUGGUGGACAAGGAAAAGAAGGACGGACAUGCUGCGCGAGCAAAGGCCGACUUUGUCACUUGGAGAGGCAUGAUGACCAAGACUAUCAAGAUUAUGACCGCGCCCUUCGACAACUUCGCUGAAUUCGGCAUGUUCGCAACACUGCACGACGGCACAAUGUACAUCGAAGAAGACUUCCCAUCUCGAGCCGCUGAACGCGCCGCAGAAGGCUCCCAGCCACCACCACGAUACCAACACCCCGACCAACAGUCACGGGAGAUGAUGACAUACUGGGGCUACAAGUUCGAGACCCUCGCCCUAAUACCCACACCACCAUCAACCACCUCUCCCGCCGAAAUCGAAAAGCACCAACGAAGCAUCGUAUCAAACCACGCCCAACACUGCUCCAUCGUCAACACCUCCUUCGGCCCCCACAGCCUCAUCCUCGGCGGCGAAGUAGACGGCCUCCUCGCCCCCAAGCCCUCCGACCCUGACGCCCCAAUCCAAUGGGUCGAGCUCAAAACCUCCGAAGAACUCCCACCCCCAGCACGCCAACAGCACCGCGACAUCCUCAAAUUCGAGCGCAAAUUGCUCAAGUUCUGGGCGCAGUCGUUCCUGCUCGGCGUGCCCAAGAUCGUCGUCGGAUUCAGAAGUAAGGCGGGCAUAUUGAGGGGCGUGCAGACGUUCAACACCACCGAACUCCCGGGUAUGGUCCGCAGAGGCACGAAUUGCUGGGAUGGCAAUGUGUGUAUCAAUUUCGCUACAGAGUUUUUGGGGUGGUUGAAGGAGACGGUGGUGGAGGAGGGGGUUUACAGUAUUGUGUUGAGGAAGAAGAGUGGGGUCGUGGAGGUUAAGAGAGUGAAGGAGGGGACGGGCGGGAUUGUGAGUGAGGAGUUUUUGGCGUGGAGGAGAAGAGAUGGGGGUGGGGAUGAUGAGAAGAAAGUGGAUGCCGAGACUGUGACGACGGGAGAGGCGAAGACUGAUGGGGGAGGUGGUGCUCCGUCUUAG